UUGAGAGUGAGUUUUUUCCAGUGAAAAAUAUCAUUUUGAAUACUUUAAUUUUGAGAUGUCGUCGAACACGGCCUUCUACGCUCUUACUGGAGCAACUGGGCUCGCUGCAGUUAUUGUAACUGGAGUUGUUUUCUCUUACCUCUCGAUCUUGGGAGACCUUCAACAAUUCGAAAAUGAAUUCACCCAUGAUAUGACCAACUUCCGAACCAAAGCCAAUGAUGCUUGGUCGCAAAUGAUGACAGCAAGACGAAUCGAAUCACCAUCUGAAAGAUCAGCAUUUGAAGGAUUGUUCAGACGUGCUAAGAGACAAUACGCUUCAGGAGGUGGAGGUGGGGGAGGAUAUGCAGCACCAGCAGGAGGUGGUGGAGGUGGAGGACAAUGCAACUGUGGAGCUCAAGCUUCUGGAUGUCCUGCUGGACCACCAGGGCCACCUGGACAACCAGGAGAGCCAGGAGAGCCAGGAACUGCUGGAGAAGAUGGAGCCGCAGGAGGUGGCGGACAAGCCGAGUCUUAUGCUGGAGCUGCUGGAAACUGUAUCACUUGCCCAGCUGGGCCACCAGGGCCACCAGGACCAGAUGGAAACCCAGGAUCUCCAGGGCCAGACGGACCAGCUGGACCAGACGGAGAUGCAGGAGGAAGUCCACCCCCAGGACCACCCGGACCACCUGGACCACCAGGACCUGACGGAAAUCCAGGACAACCUGGACAAGAUGGACAACCUGGAGCACCAGGAACUCGCUCAACCAACAGCCCAGGACAACCAGGACCAGCUGGGCCACCAGGACCGCCAGGACCCCCAGGAACAGAUGGACAAGGAGGACCUUCGCCAGCUGGCCCACCAGGCCCUCCAGGUCCACCAGGAAACGAUGGACAACCAGGAGGACCAGGAUCUCCAGGAGGACCAGGAACUGACGGAGGACCAGGAACUGAUGCUGCAUAUUGCCCAUGUCCACCAAGAACUCAAGGAGGAGGUGGAGGUGGAUAUGAUGCUGGAGCUGCCGGAGGAAGCGGCGGUGGAUAUUCAGGAGGAGCUGCUGCUUCCGCACCAGCCCCAUCUUCUGGAGGUUAUUCUGGAGGUGGAGCUGCCGCAGCUGCACCAUCUGGAGGAUAUUCUGGUGGAGCACCCCCACCACCCCCACCACCCCCACCGGCUGCACCAGCUGGAGGAUAUUCUGGUGGAGCUCCCCCACCACCCCCACCAGCUGCACCAGCUGGUGGAUAUCCAUCGGGAGGUGGAGGUGGAGGUUACCCAUCAAAACGCCGUCUUGCUGUACAAUAA